GUUGCGCCAGGGAAGGGCAAUUGCGCCAAUCGCAUCUUAUUUCACUCCUCCUGUGAAACGUGGAAACGUAGGAAGGUGAGGAGACGAGUACUGGAGAAGAUCUUCACCGCUCUUAGCGAGAGAGUAAACGCGCCCCAAAGCUAGCAAGCGCAGUCGCCAGAUGUUCAAGACUCAGGGAAAGCUGAGCGACAUCGUAUGCCCGGCCCAUCGCGAUGGUGUCUGCGAGCCAUCAAGAGCAGCCUGCCCUUUCUCUCACGAUUUAUCUGCGGUGCAGCCGUGCAUGUCUGAUGUGUCUGUGAAAGGAAGUUUGGCGAUCACAGAGCCUGAAGAGCACGGUGGUAGCAGGGUCUUGGGGAAGCGAGCCAUCUCUGUACCAGCAUCUUCUUCAGAGCCCCCAAAGAAAAGCCGCAAAGAACAUCAACAAAUGAAUGAUAAUAUGCAAGUUUCAAUGCGCAAAGCUCAGUCGGCAGAGUCUUCCACAAUGGCACUGGCACCAAAGUUGCUUUCCAAGGAUCAUCCGCGCAGCAGUAAAAUUCCCCUGACAGCAAGACAAGCUAUACUCAAAGCAUUUUACAACGGCUUUUGCGGACUAUAUUCCCCCUUACUCAAGAGUCCAGAUCCAGAGCUGUCGGCAGCAGGCAGAGACUUGGCGCACAAACACGCACUUGCUCAAGAGCUCGAGACGUUCAAGGCAAGCAAUGAGCAUUCAUACAAAAACUCUUCAAGGUCUGCUCUAGUUGGAAUUAACGGGCGCGACAAAGACACGAUUAAAAAGGCGGCAGCAGACAGCCUCGAUGAGAAAGCGAGGACUGGGUCGUUCUCCCAGCAAAACCUAGAAGAGUGCAAGGAGACCGGGACACAAGCUGACGUGGGGCGCAAGCGGACGCAAUGCGUUCAAAAGGAGAAAGGAAAGCUUACUUUGCAAAAGUUCAGAGAUAAGCUCUUUGUGUGUCCGGUGGGUGCACUUGAGAUUUGGGGCUACACUACGCAUAUCCCGGAAGAAUGGGGCCCCGGAGGCGAGGCACCAGACUCAAUUGGGCAAGAGAGACAGUGCGAUCGAUGCGGCGUAACCUUCAAGAUCGAGUCUCCACCAGACAAACACGUGGCUUCUUCCGACAGUUACGAUACCGUGUGUCGCUUCCACCACGGUCGCAAACGCCCAGAGAAGCUAGCAGGAAAGGGAAGAAAUUUGGUGUGGACAUGCUGCGGAGCGAAGGUGCUCGAAUCAAAGCAGCUCAAUGAAGAGACCGCCUGCAGCUCAUCUUGCACCCAUGUCUUCAGACUAGAGUCGGCACGGCAACUACACGCCCAAACCCCGUUCUUCGAAUCUCAUGCUUCGCUUCCUUCAAAAGAAGCUAAGCCUGACGCUCAUGACAUUCUUGCGCUGGAUUGCGAGCUGUGUUUUACCACGGCAGGCAUGAGCUUGACCCAAUUAAGCGUGGUUUCCGCAGAGGGAACGACCCUCAUGGACAUCAAAGUGAAGCCGAACGUCGCCAUUAUUGAUUACAAUACUCGAUUCUCUGGAUUGACGGAAAAAGAUUUUGCAGAGGGAUCAGAUACGUGCGAUUUAGUGCAAGCCCGAGGUCGCCUUUUACAGUUAAUGCACAAAGACACCAUCUUAGUCGGCCACAGCUUAGAGAACGACCUUAAGGCUUUGAGACUCGUGCAUUUGAACAUUGUCGACACUGUGACGCUCUUUCCGCAUCCACGCGGACCGCCAUACCGCAUGAGUCUCCGCGAGCUUACAAGCAAUCACCUUGGACGCAUCAUCCAAAGUUCAGGGGCCGAGGGACACACAGCCUCGGUCGACGCGCAAAUGGCCCUCGAGCUCGCGAGAUGGAAGAUAGUGAACGAGCCGGCAUCGUCGCCAUUUCGCAAUGUGCAUUCCAAGUGGUACGGCGGAGGCCAGAAAGAGCCUCCUCUUGCAAAAGAAAAAGAAGAAACACCUGCAGGAACCCCGUCCGUCACAGUGAGCGCCAAGUCUUUGGCUGCCAUUGCAGUUCCGAAGCGGAGAUAGAGACACGAUAUCCAAAUCAAGCUAUUUUGGCUUGCAUCAAUCACCUUUUCACGCGGUACCAGCCACUCGCUGCGUUUGGAUGACGCCUCCGAAGGCUCGUCAGCACACGGCACGGAAGGCCCUGACGUUUCGCCUGCCGUCCAACUAGCUUAUCACUCAAAACUAUGUACUUAGAUAUGGUAUCGUGCAGACAUGUACUUGAUGUAUCAUGCUUGGCCG